AUGGUCAUCAACCUCCAUUUCUUUUGUCUGGGUUUAAUAAUCAUAAUAACAAUCGUGGCAAACAACAUCCUCGCCGCUGCAGCACCAUUAAGAAGCAGUGGACCAAGAAAUUCAUACUCGUAUGUAUUGGCUUGUGGGACUAAAACUAACGCCAGUGAUCCUGAUGGCAGAAAGUGGAUGCCAGACGCCAAAUUCCUAACCACUUCUCCGGCCAAAACACUCACAGCCACCGCAGAUUUCCAAGACCCGUCUUUAUCCUCCACCGUUCCUUACAUGACCGCAAGGUUUCUCAUGGCUGAAUCCAAUUAUUCAUUCCCUAUUUCUCCACGUUCCCGCCAUUGGAUCAGGCUUCACUUCUACCCUUCUUCCUACCAAAACUUAUUCAACUGCUCCAAAUCCUUCAUAUCCGUCCGCGUGGGCGCCUUCACUCUGCUCAAUAAUUUCAGUGCCUCCAUCACAGCACAGGCACUCACACAGGCUUACAUCGUCAGGGAAUUCAGCUUCGCCCCGAUCGGCUCCCCCACCCUCACGCUCACUUUCAAGCCUUCAACGCACUACAACGACUCCUUCGUCUUCAUCAACGGCAUUGAAGUGAUCCCCAUGCCGGAAAUCUUCAAAACCGCGCCUAUGGUGGGGUGGACUAAGGAUUCCAUUGACACGUCAUCGUUUCAUAUGCAGUCCAUGUAUAGGCUGAAUGUCGGGGGACAGUACAUUUCGGCCAGCAACGAUUCCAGUCUCACCCGAACAUGGUACGAUGAUUGGCCUUAUUUGUUCGGCGCCGCAUUCGGGACCGCCAGUACGGCAAACAAGACUCAGAAAAUUGGAUAUCCCCCUGGGACCCCACAUUUCAUAGCUCCCUUGGAUGUUUACCGUUCUGCAAGAAGUAUGGGUCCCACCGGAGACAUUAACAUACGUUAUAAUCUCACGUGGGUUUUCCGUGUCGAUGCGAAUUUCAGUUAUCUUGUGAGGAUGCAUUUCUGUGACUAUCAGCUAACCAAAGUCAAUCAGAGGGUGUUUUUUAUUUACAUUAACAACCAAACUGCAUUUCCCAUGGCUGAUGUGAUUGCGUGGAGUGGGGCCCAAGGAGUUCCAACUCAUAAGGAUUUCGUGGUAUUUGUAAGAAAUAAAGGAGCUGGAGGAAGCGAUAAUAAUGAAUUGCGGGUGGCGUUACAUCCUAACCGAGAAACCAAACCCGAAAGCUAUGAUGCAAUCCUGAAUGGAUUAGAGAUUUUCAAGAUGAAUAAUUCCAGGGCAACCUUGGCAGGUCCAAAUCCUGUUCCCCCGCCGGAGGUUCCCGACCCUAAGUCUACCAACAAUACCUCAUUUUCAAAUCCAUCCACGCACCGGGGCGGCAUAAUAGUUGGCUCGGUCCUGGGUGUGGCCACGGGUUUCGGCGCAGUGCUUUGUUUGGUGGCUUUCCAUAGACGGAAAAUGGCGGAUAGAAACGGCGGAAAAUCCAGCGCCAAAGGCUGGCUACCGGUUUAUGGAAGCUCACGCUCUUCCUCCACCUCAUAUUCCGGCAAAAGCAGUGGGAGUAGCCGUAUUUCAAAUCUCGGGGGAGGCCUUUGCCGGCACUUCACCCUCCCGGAGAUCAAACUGGCCACCAAAAACUUCAGCGAGUCUUUAGUUAUCGGCGUGGGAGGAUUCGGGAAGGUCUACAAAGGCGAAAUUGACGGUGGAAGCACAAAGGUAGCCAUAAAGAGAUCAAACCCAUCAUCAGAACAAGGAAUCCAUGAAUUCCAAAACGAAAUCGAACUGCUUUCCAAGCUUAGACACCGGCAUUUGGUCUCUCUCAUUGGCGCAUGCGAGGAAUACGAUGAAAUGAUAUUAGUGUACGAUUACAUGGCCAAUGGAACCUUAAGAGAACACUUGUAUAAACACAACAAACCCCCAAUUUCCUGGAAGCAAAGACUGGAAAUUUGCAUUGGUGCUGCUAGAGGACUUCAUUACCUCCACACCGGGGCCAGAUACCCCAUCAUCCAUAGAGACGUCAAGACUACAAACAUCCUGUUAGACGACAAAUGGGUAGCAAAGGUGUCCGAUUUCGGGCUAUCGAAAACCGGUCCAACUCUCAGCCAAACGCAUGUCAGCACAGUGGUGAAAGGGAGCUUUGGAUACUUAGAUCCAGAAUACUUCAGAAGACAGCAAUUAACAGACAAGUCCGAUGUGUAUUCAUUUGGAGUGGUUUUAUUCGAAGUACUAUGCGCGAGAGCAGCGCUGGAAACUAGCCUUCCAAAAGAGCAAGUGAGUUUAGCAGAUUGGGCGUUACAGUGCCAUAGAAAGGGAAAGAUAGAUAGCUUAGUUGAUCCGUUCAUAAAAAUAGAGAUAACCCCACAAUGUCUCAAAACCUACGUAGAAACAGCCGUCAGUUGUCUGUCUGAUCACGGAAUCAACCGCCCCUCCAUGGGAUCGGUUCUUUGGAACCUUGAACUGGCGGUGCAGUUGCAGAGCAAUCCGGAGGGCCCCACAGUUGUGGCGGAACAGAAGGCCAACGAUGCUUACGCCAUGCAUGCACAGUUGUUGAGUAUUGAUGAGGGGGAUGAGGAAGAGGCCAAGAAUCAGUCAGACGAUGCGAUAUUCUCACAGAUUGUAAAUCCGCAGGGUAGAUAG